AUGGCAGAUUUUGAGACACUAGUAAGGCAGGCAGAGGCCCUAGGACUCUCAGGUGAUGCUCUAUACGAUUAUGUGAGUAAACAGCAAAAUAUCUUCAGGGAAGAAAGAACUAAAGAGCGGGAGUUACAAAAGUUACAUAUAGAAGCUGAAAACCAGAAGGUACGUCUCGCUCAUGAACUUGAAAUGACGAAAAUCCGUGCCAAUAAUAAUGCCUCCAUCACCCCAGUGUUCAGUGAUGAUACUGUGAGACCUAGCUUACCUGUGUUUCAUGAUAGUGAAGAUAUUUCUUUGUAUUUGAUAAGGUUUGAAAGAGUGGCUGAUCUUUUGAAUAUAAAGAAGGAAAGUUAUGCCGUGAGGUUAGGCAGCCUUUUAACAGGAAAGGCAGUAGAUGUAUAUACAAGUUUAUCGCCUGAGAUAACUAAAGAUUAUGAGCUAUUGAAGAAAUGUCUUCUUGAUAGUUUUGCUAAAACUCCAGAUAGUUAUAGAGUGGACUUCCGCUCUGCUAAAAUUAAACCUGGUGAAACAUUUAAACAAUUUGUAAUUAAGUUAGGACGGAUGUUCGAUUUAUGGGUGGAUGCCAGUGACGUAGAGAAAUCUUAUGAAAAUUUACGUUCUUUUAUGAUAUUAGACCAGCUAAAGUCUUGCGUUUCCCCAGAUAUUCGCAUGUUUCUGAAAGAGCAUAACGUCUCUACUCUUGAUGAAGCAGCGCGGUUUGCAGACACUUGGGCUUCCGCUCAUGGAUCUUACCCGAAAUCGAACACCUGUCUUCAUAGAGGUAAGAGGAUGGUUCAGACCAAACAGUUGGUUCCAGAGGAAGCUGAGGUGAAAGCCCCAAGACCUAAAAUAACAUGUCAUGGUUGCGGUGAAGUCGGGCACAUCAAACCACGUUGCCCUAAAAACCCUUUUGCUUUCAAGCAACAAUCUAGUUAUACCGUCAACUUUUCUUUUGAUGACAACUCGCCUCGCAAAUUCUUAACUUCUGGCACUAUCAAUGGUUCUUGGGUCUCAACUAUCCUCCGAGAUUCUGGCUGUUCUUGCGUUGUUGUUGCUGAACAGUUACUCCCAGAUGUUGAUCUAACAUCAUGUCAUUGGACUAGAGUUUCUGAUUAUCUAGGGCGUACAGACACUUUUCCUCUGGUCAAAUGUUUCAUUCGAUGCCCAUAUUAUGUUGGAUGGGUUAAAGCUGUAAGGGCGCCAAUUAAAUUUUGCUCUGUAUUAAUUGGGAAUAUUCCAGGUGUAAGAGAUCAUAAUAACCCUGAUGCUAUUACUGGUAAAUCUAUCAGUUCAGCUGUGUCUGACCAUGUUGUGACUAUACCGCGUACUGUAUCUGUUGCAAAAACGACUAAUGUUACUGAUGAAUAUGUUCAAGCAGUUGAAACUAGAUCAGAUAAAAUUAAGAGAGUCCAUCCUUUAGUAUUACCGAAGUUAGAACCUCUUAAUAUCACACAUUCUGAAUUCGUCAAACUCCAGUCAUCUUGUCCAUCUUUGUCAGGUAUCCGGUGCAAGGGUAAUGCUGGGGAAACGGAAAAUAUGCGUGAUGGCUCUUUGUACAAGUAUGAGGUAAUUAACAGUUUGAUCUACCGUUCCUGUGUGAAUUCCAGAUUCCGUGAAAGGGUUGGUAAAUCCUCUCUGGUUGUACCUGCAGACUGCCGGAAGAUAAUUCUCAGUCUGGCGCAUGAAAGUCCACUUGCAGGCCAUUUCUCGCACCGCAAAACAGAAAUUAAGGUAAGGGAACAAUUUUAUUGGCCUGGAAUGGGUGCUGAUAUCAAAGACUACUGCAGAUCUUGUGAGAAAUGCCAGAGAAUGUCCAGUAAAGGUAAAAUAAAGCCAGCCCCAUUGCAGCCAAUACCUAUUGUGACUGAACCUUUUUCUCGCGUCGCGAUUGACAUUGUUGGACCAUUAACUCCUGCAUCUUCCCAAGGUCAUAAAUACAUCUUAACGUUAAUAGAUUUUGCCACCGGGUUCCCUGAUGCUCUCCCGUUAAAAGACAUUGAUUCGGUGUCUGUAGCUGAGGCUUUACUAGUGAUUUUCUCUCGGGUAGGCAUUCCUAGGGAGAUACUCUCAGACAGAGGCACACAGUUUACUUCCAAAUUAAUGGGUGAACUCCACAAGUUACUCGGUAUAAAGCCACUUUUCACAACUCCAUACCACCCAAGUUGUAACGGUAGGAUAGAAAGAUUCCACAGUACACUGAAGGCUUCCUUGAGGAAGUUGUGUAUAGAAAAACCAAAGGAGUGGCAUCGGUAUCUCAUACCUACUCUUUUCGCUUUGAGGGAAAUUCCGAGCGACCGUACAGCGUUUUCCCCUUUUGAGCUGCUUUAUGGUCGUACCGUGAGAGGGCCACUGUCAGUCCUGAGAGAUUUAUGGGAAAAUCCUAAUGUAAAUGAGGACCAGCGUUCUACGUAUCAGUAUGUUAUCGAAUUAAAAGAUAAAUUGGCUGACUGCGCCAAAAUUGCUGCUCAGAAUGCCGACAUCAGCUCAUCCAGAUAUCGCUCAUACUUCGAUCUAAAGUCACAGAAGAGACAUUUUAAGAAAGGUGAUGAGGUCUUAGUUUUACUUCCUGAUCGUACAAACAAAUUAUUGAUGGCCUGGAGGGGUCCAUUCCCUGUUCUUGAACAAAAGAACAAAGUAAAUUACUUAAUUGAUGAGAAGGGCACUCUCAAGCUUUAUCAUGUUAACCUACUUAAGAAAUAUUACCGUAGAAGCAAUGUAAGUAGAACACAUGCGUUAGAUGAAGUAACUGAUGUUGUAAAUAAUGUUCUUGAACCUUUCCAGACAGUCCAUAUGUGCUUAGUGGAAGAUGAUUCUGGGGGAAUGGAUGAACUACCUCUGACUACAGAUGGUAAAGUAGAUUCCGAUAAAAGUUCGGACUUAAAUUAUCAAAAUUUAUCUCCAGAUCUGAGUUCUCAGCAGAAAGCAGAUAUUCAAACUUUAAUUGAUUCUUGGACAGAUAUAUUUUCUGAUAUACCAGGGUGCACUUCAUUAAUUAAGCAUAAUAUUGAAUUAACUUCUACUGAGAUUAUAAGAGCUAAAAGAUACCCGAUACCCGUCCAUCUCCAGUCUCACUUCAGAGAAGAAGUAGAUCAUUUAUAUGAACAAGGCAUUAUAAGACUGUCCUCUUCACCCUAUUGUUCUCCAGUAGUAAUGGUUAAGAAAGCCGAUGGGACAUACCGCAUGGCUAUUGAUUUUCGUGCAAUUAAUUCGAUCACUGUAUUUCACGCUGAACCAUCCUGCACUGUGGAGGAAGAAUUGUUUAAGUUUGCAGGAGCACAAUUCUUUUCAGAAAUAGACUUGACGAAAGCAUAUUAUCAGAUUCCACUUUCAGAGAGUGCUAUGCCUUUAACAUCUUUUCCUACCCACAGAGGCCUGAUGGAAUUCACGAGACUCCCCUUUGGCUUAGUGACAGCAGGUGCUACGUAUAUUCGACUCAUGAGAUUGGUAUUAACUGGACUGAGUAACAUUGCCUUUUAUUUUGACAAUAUUUUCAUAUAUGGUAGUACAUGGAAAGACCAUAUGAAAGCAUUAGUAAAUGUCUUGGAACGUUUAAGAAAGUACAACUUGACAGCCAGAUUGUCAAAAUAUAUGCUCAGAAAGAAUGUUCGAGAACCUUUAGUUUGGAGUAAUGAGAAUGAAAGUAAAUUGGAUCAGCUUAAGCAAUAUAUGACCACUAAACCCAUCCUGAAAUUACCGGAUAUUAACCUUCCCUUUGCCCUCAGAACUGAUGCAUCUAACUAUGGUGUUGGUGCAGUGUUACUGCAGUAUGUUGAGGAUGAUCCUUAUCCCGUGGCAUACGCAAGCAGGAAGUUGCUCGAACGGGAGAGACGUUAUUCAACGGUGGAAAGAGAAUGUCUAGCCAUAGUAUUCGGUGUUACGAGAUUCCAGUACUAUCUUACAGGGAAAGAGUUCAUAUUAGAAGUAGAUCAUAAACCGUUAAUUUAUAUGAACAGUGCCAAGUCUAGCAACAACAGAGUUGUCCGUUGGUCCUUGUGUUUACAGUCCUACAGAUUUCGUAUAGUUCAUAUUGCGGGGACCUACUGCUGUCAAGGGCCGGACAGGAGGGGCUCCUCCAAAAUUUCCGUUAUAUAUCCAGCUCUGCCUAUCGUGAUCGGAGAGACAAUGGAAGCAUGA